UUUUCAUACUUAUAUAUACCCCCUCUCCUUCCAUUCACCACAAAACACUUCAUUUUUCUUUUCCUUCACUCAAAUCCAAACAUUAAAAAGGCACAAGGCCUAACUUUUCUCAAAAGAAAAAACAGUGACACCACUUACUCAAUUUUAUAAACAUACAAAAAAGCUCAAAAUAUUUGUAUGGCAGUGGCACAACCCAACAACCGCAGUAGAAGAUGUUGUUGCUGCCUCUUCAACAUAAUUUGGAAGCUCCUAAUAGCAAUCAUAAUCCUCGUUGUUCUCAUAAUCCUCAUUAUUUGGCUAAUCGUUCAACCACGCGCUUUCAAAUUCAGUGUCAAAGAAGCCAAACUCACGCAAUUCAACUACCUUAACAACAACAACACCCUCCGUUACAACCUCGUACUCAACUUCACGGCUCGUAACCCAAACAAAAAACUCAACAUCUACUACGAUAAAGUGGAGGGACACGUGUCGUACGAUGGAACAAGGUUCGCUUCAACGGACGUUAUAACGUGGUUAAAUUCAUUUCGUCAAUACACGAAAAGUACGAACAGUAUGAACGGCGUUUUUUCCGGGAAACGUGUUGUGGUUUUCGAUCAAAAUAUGGGUUCUGAUUUUGAACGGGAUAAGAAAGAUGGGAUUUUUCGGAUUGAUGUGAAACUAUACUUUACGAUUAGGUUCAGGCUUGGUGAUUUUAUUGGUGGGUAUACUAAGGGGAAUAUUAAAUGUGGACUUGAUGUUCCGUUUGGUUCUAAUGGGACAAAGGUCUUUAAUGUGUUUGAACCCACCACGUGCGACGUUACUUUUUGAGGGUUUUCAUUUCACGUGUAUCGCUUAGUUCUUGAUUUGUUGUUUGUGCAUUUUGUUUUGUUUUGUUUUUUUGGUACAAGUGCCUUUUGUUUUUCUUAAUAA